UGGCCCUUUAUUUUUCUUCAUUAACCUUGAGUCAAGCUUUCUCCUUUUGAAUCUUUGAACUUGCUUGCUCAAGUAGUCACAUCGCAUUUUAGAGGAAGACUGAGAAUUAUAUACAUAUAAAUAUAUAUAGAGAGGGAGAAAAAGGCGCAGGUAUUAACGUACGUAGUUAGCUUACAAUCAAGAAGCUAGAUCUCCGGUGCUGUCUCCAACAAUAAUAUGAUGGAAAAGGCUUAUUCCCUCUUUCUUUGCGUUCUCUUGAUUUUAGUCCUCUUCUUGCCAUCCACAGCAGCUGGAAGAGCACUGCUUCAGACAGCUCAAACGGAGGGUGAGGGUGGAAACCACGGCGGAAAUGAUGGGAGUAAAGUGGGAGUAACAGGCAGUCGCUCCAAACCUGCCCCCUCCAAAACUGGAGUUUCAUCUCCCUCCAAACCGACCCCCGUCGAGUCUACAAACAGCAGAAAAGCUGCUGUGUCAUGCGGUCAAGGGAAACGGUACUCUGCAUGUAUGCCCAGAUCGAUUCCAGCUAAAUGCACCACAUAUUCACGUAACUGCCACUGAAGCUUUUGAAGUUGAAGUAAAGUGGAAAAUCCAGAACGAGGAAAACAAUAGUGAUAAUUAUUCAUACUUACGCUCGUGACUGUAGUUCACAAAGUAGAAUGCCCGCCUUACCAAGAAACUGGUUUCUUGGUGUGUGGAAAUUGUAUGUUUAAUUGGCUAGCUGGUUCUUGUGUUAUCUCUCUCUCCCUCUCUCACUCUUCCCUGGGAAUUACGGCUAUAUGGAGACCAUAAUAAUAAUAAUAGUUGUAUUUUGAAUUGUGCACCA